UCUUGGGAGCCUGCCGUUUUCCUCCAGAGCCGGGAUCUGACGCGCAGCCUCCAGCUGAGCAGAGUGAGCUCCACAUAUGGUCCGCGGUCCUAAAAUGAUGAUCCUGUUGGUGGAAGGUUGACACACACACACACACACACACACACAACAGAAGGAGACCACAGAGUCGCAGGCUCUCUCUCUCUCUCACCCUCCCUCCCUCUCUCUCUCUCACACACACACACUUCCCCUCCUUCCUGCAUCACAGCCCGCUGUUCCAUCACACGUUCACGUAAUCCUCCGGUGGAGACGCGGACUUGUUAGAAAUGCUGGAGGAGCUCGAAGCUCUGACUGGCUGCACAAUCUGAGGAUUCAGCCAAAGAAAAGUCAAGACACGAGCCGGAAAAGACUCCACACAGGACGGAGUGAUUGGAUUAUUGAUCCCCGCCUUCGGUACUCCACUGACGGUUAUUCCUAAAAGGCCGGAGCUGCCAUGCCAUUUGGUUGUCUGACACUUGGGGAGAAGAAGGACUACAACAGCCCCACAGAGGUCACCGACAAGUAUGACCUCGGACAAAUGGUUAAAGCGGAGGAGUUCUGCGAGAUAUUCCGAGCCAAGGAUAGGAACACCUUGAAAAUGUACACCUGCAAAAAGUUCCACAAAAAGGACGGGAGAAAAGUGCGGAAGGCUGCUAAGAACGAGAUAAUGAUCUUAAAGAUGGUGAAACAUCACAACAUCCUUCAGCUGGUGGACGCUUUUGAAACUAAGAAAGAGUACUUCCUCUUUCUGGAGCUGGCUACGGGCAGAGAGGUGUUCGACUGGAUCCUAGAUCAAGGCUACUACUCAGAGAGGGACACCAGCAACGUGAUGAGGCAGGUGUUGGAGGCCAUAGCUUACCUGCACUCUCUGAAAAUCGUCCACAGAAAUCUGAAGUUGGAGAACUUGGUGUACUUCAACCGUCUGAAGCACUCCAAAAUUGUUAUCAGCGACUUUCAGCUGGCAAAACUGGAGAAUGGACUCAUUAAGGACCCAUGUGGGACUCCGGAGUAUCUUGCUCCUGAGGUGGUUGGCAGGCAGAGAUACGGACGCCCUGUGGACUGUUGGGCCAUCGGUGUCAUCAUGUACAUACUUUUGUCCGGAAACCCUCCUUUCUACGAUGACGCAGAAGAUGACGACCCCGACAACCGGGACAAAAACCUCUUCCUGAAGAUUCUGUCUGGAGAUUAUGAGUUUGACUCACCGUACUGGGACGACAUCUCAGACUCUGCCAAAACAUUAGUGACAUCUUUGAUGGAAGUGGAUCAAGACCAGCGACUGACGGCACAGGAGGCCAUAGCCCAUGAAUGGAUUUCUGGAAAUGCUGCCUCAGACAAGAACAUAAAGGAUGGGGUUUGUGCGCAGAUAGAAAAGAACUUCGCCAAAGCCAAGUGGAAGAAGGCUGUCAGAGUGACUACCCUGAUGAAGAGACUCAGGGCCUCUGAGCCGGCGGACUCUGGGGCAGCGGCUGCGGCUGAUCCAAACACGCCCGGCGGUGCGCCUGCUCCCGCUCCUGGGGGCAAGAGUGAGGGUUUUGCCGCCAGCAUAAAGGCCGCCCUGAGUGAAAAGGCCCCCGACACACAGACUCCCAACCCCCCCACCCUCACCCUGCCCAGUGCGGCCCAGCCGGAGGAGCAGCCUCAGUCACGGUGCAACGGCGACGUUCCUCAAGUGAUGCCUGAAAGAGAGGGAGAUUAGGCGUCGAUCGGCCGAGGGGGCGGAGCCUCGCCAUCUGAAAAGCACACACACGUUAUAGCCAAUGAACUUGGCAUGAUGAUACCACAUCUAUGAUGAUUGGCUCGCCAUAGUUUGCAGAAUUGUUUCACAUUGCCAUGCAUUUCAUCUCUUUUUGCCUUCUGUACUGAUUGGUCUAUUGAGUAGUUGUUGUCCAGUCUCCCUUGUUGUUUUAUGUUCAAGUCCCUUUAAGGAUAGUUGCAAAGUAGCUCUUCUUCUUUGUUUCCUUUUCUUAAGAACUGUUAAAAAAAACAAACAAAAAAAACAAAA